AUAACACUCUCUUACUUUCUAUGUUUUUUCCACUGCUUUCCUUAUUUCUCUCUUUAUUCUUCUUCAAUUCUAUUCAGUUUCAAUUCUUUCUUUCCUCUCUCUGCAACUUUAACUUCAUCUCACUCUUAUAAUUGGAUCCGUUUUAUCAGAUUCUCCACUUCCAGAUAAGCAAAAGCGAAAAAGGCCUUUAGAAAGUAUUCAUGGCUGUUUCAAUGCGAGAUUUGGAUUCAGCUUUUCAAGGAGCUGGGCAAAAGGCUGGCUUAGAGAUAUGGCGCAUUGAGAGUUUCCGUCCGGUACCUGUGUCGAAAUCUUUACAUGGAAAGUUUUUUACUGGAGACUCAUAUGUGAUUUUAAAGACAACUGCCUUAAAGAGUGGUGCCGUGCGUCACGAUAUUCAUUAUUGGCUAGGCAAGGAUACUAGUCAAGAUGAAUCUGGAACUGCAGCAAUUAAGACUAUUGAACUGGAUGCUGUUCUUGGAGGGCGUGCUGUUCAAUAUAGGGAAGUGCAAGGCCAUGAAUCAGAUAAAUUCCUUUCUUACUUUAAACCAUGUAUCAUACCUCAAGAGGGAGGAGUUGCAUCUGGAUUUGAUCACACUGAAGCUGAAGAACACAAAACUCGAUUAUAUGUGUGUAGAGGCAAGCAUGUUGUUCAAGUGAAAGAGGUUGAUUUUGGUCGGUCCUCACUCAAUCAUGAUGAUAUCUUUAUAGUUGAUACGACAUCUAAAAUUUUUCAGUUUAAUGGUUCCAACUCAUCUAUACAAGAGAGAGCAAAAGCACUAGAAGUAGUUCAGUACAUUAAAGAUACUUAUCAUGAUGGAAAAUGUGAAAUAGCGGCCAUUGAGGAUGGGAAACUAAUGGCAGACGCUGAAACUGGAGAAUUCUGGGGUUUAUUUGGUGGUUUUGCUCCUUUGCCUAGGAAAACUGCCACUGUUGAUGUUAAUGAUACCGGUGAUGUUUCUACAAGGCUUUUUGGUGUUGUGAAGGGGCAGCAUGAACCUUUGGAUGUUGAAUCCCUGAAGAGAGAGCAACUUGACACUUAUAAGUGUUAUCUAUUGGAUUGUGGGUCAGAAAUCUUUGUCUGGAUGGGGAGAAAUACUUCUCUUGACGAGCGAAAAAGUGCAAGUGGAGCUGCAGAGGAGUUACUUCAUACGGUUCAUCGGCCAAAAACUCAAGUAGUCCGGGUAAUGGAGGGAUUCGAGACAGUUAUGUUCCGAUCAAAAUUUAAUUCUUGGCCUCAGUCAACAGAUGUAACAGUGUCCGAGGAAGGUAGAGGCAAGGUUGCUGCACUUCUGAAACGCCAAGGGGUGAAUGUGAAGGGCCUACUGAAAGCUACUCCUGAAAAAGAAGAGCCUCAAUCUUAUAUUGACUGCACAGGAAACUUACAGGUCUGGCGUAUGGAUGCUGAAGGGAAAAUUCCUCUUACAGGUUCCAGCAUGUCAAAAUUUUUCUCUGGAGAUUGCUAUAUCUUUCAGUACACGUAUCCUGGGGAACUGGGAGAUCAAUACCUUGUAGGCACAUGGUUUGGAGAGCAAAGUGUUGAGGAAGACAGAAAUUCAGCAACUUUACAAGCAAGCAAGAUGGUAGAGUCGCUAAAGUUUUUGCCUGUUCAGGCACGAAUAUGUGAAGGAAAUGAAUCUAUUCAGUUCUUUUCAAUAUUCCAGAGCUUUCUUGUUUUUAAGGGCGGUGUUAGUGCUAAUUACAAAAUGUAUAUAGCGGAGAAGGAACUUCCAGAUGUUACGUAUUCAGAGGAUGGGUUAGCCCUGUUUCGGGUUCAGGGAACUGGACCAGAAAAUAUGCAAGCAAUUCAAGUCGAAGCAGUUGCAUCGUCUUUAAAUUCUUCCCAUGGUUAUAUAUUACACAACGGAUCUUCUUUAUUUACGUGGCUUGGCAACCUUACAACAUCAGAAGACCAGGAACUUGUUGAGAGGCUGCUGGAUUUGAUAAAGCCAAAUGUGCAGCCUAAACCACAAAAGGAAGGCUCGGAAUCUGAGCAAUUUUGGGAUAUGUUAGGUGGAAAAUCUGAGUACCCCAGUCAGAAGGUUGGCAGGGAUGUUGAAAGUGAUCCUCAUUUAUUCUCAUGUUCCUUUACAAAUGUUAUGCAGGUGAAAGAGAUAUACAACUUUGACCAGGACGAUUUGAUGACUGAAGAUAUUUUUAUCCUGGAUUGUCAUUCAGAGAUAUAUGUCUGGGUGGGGCAACAGGCCAACUCCAAAUAUAGAAGGGAUGCUCUAACUAUUGGACAGAAAUUUCUGGAAUGCGACUUUCUUCUUGAGAAAUUAUGUGGUCAAGCGCCAAUAUAUAUCAUAACGGAAGGGAGUGAGCCAACAUUCUUCACACGUUUCUUUACAUGGGACUCCACGAAGUCUGCAAUGCAUGGAAACUCCUUCCAGAGAAAACUUGCCGUGGUAAAAAAUGGAGGGACUCCACUUCUGGAUAAACCCAAGAGGAGAACACCUGUUUCAUAUGGAGGAAGAUCUGCCGCUUUGCCAGAAAUAUCACAGCGUUCCAGAAGUGUGUCAUUUAGCCCUGAGCGAGUUCGUGUACGGGGAAGAUCUCCAGCCUUCAAUGCAUUAGCAGCUGCUUUUGAAAACUCUAAUACAAGGAACAUGUCCACUCCUCCCCCAAUUGUUAAGAAGCUUUACCCAAAAUCUGGGAGCGCUGAUUCAGCAAAAUCGGUUUCUAGAUCAUCACCUAUAACAACAUUAACCUCGAGUUUUGAUAAACCAGCAGAAGACACAUCGAUUCCCCACUUGGUUAAAGAUGCAGAAAGCAAGAAAGCCCCAAUAAAUAACAUAACAGAAGCCAUAACAAUACAGGAGGAUGUGAAGGAGGGUGAAGCUGAUGAUGAUGAGGAGCUCGUAACGUACCCUUACGAACGUCUUACAAAAUUAUCAAACAAUCCUGUUACAGAUAUUGAUGUGACCAAACGGGAGACUUAUCUCUCGUCAAAGGAAUUCAGAGAGAAAUUUAAAAUGGCAAAGGCUGCAUUCUAUAAGUUGCCGAAAUGGAAACAAAAUAAGCUAAAAAUGGCACUUCAGCUGUUCUAAGAAGUGCUCAUCUGGUCAUUUGUCAGGUUCUGACACUCUUAGAUUGUGGAUUAGAGACUUUGUUGAAAAGUGUGGGAGUCAUUUUCCCGCACGUGAGAGGGACAGCAUAAGUGCAUUUUUAACUACUUCUGCCCCCAAGAAGCGUUUUUGUGGAAAAACUGGAGAUGGCUCCUGUUUCUCUACAUACUGCUUACAAUUAUAUAUGCAUUCUUCUAUUUACUAGGCAAGUGAUUGAUGUUUAUUGUUGAUCUCUGUGUGUUCUGAGCUUCAUUUUUGCAUUUUUGUUCUCUUGUUUUCCAUUAUUCUAUCAUUGCUUUCAGAAAGCUCUGGUUUCUCCAUUCUAUUUUAGCAGAAUAUAUACCCUUCAUCUUA